AUGAAUUCAGAUAGAUUUCAUUUUAAAAAAGCAGUAAAAUUAAAACUGUUAAUAACUGAUAAAUUAAUAAAUAUCCAAUAUUUUUGUUAUAGCGUUAAAAGCGGCAUGCUCAAUGCUGUUGUUAAUGAGACUGAACAUAUGGUGAAGACUGCUAUUGCCCAAUUUAUAGGAAUUCUUGUCAAACAUGAAUUUCCUACAAAUACUUGGCCAGAAUUAUUACAAUUUAUUCAACAACUCUGUGAAAGUGAGGCUGAAAACAAUAAAGAAUUAGGAAUGUUCACCAUAUCCGUCAUGGUUGACAUGGCUCCUGGACAGUAUAUUCCACAUAUAAAUGCUCUUUGUCAAUUAUGCUCAGCUCAAUUAGAAUCAAUUCGACCAGAGUCAAAUGUAACAAUUCCACAUUAUGCAUUGGUUACAUUAACUAAAUUGAUACCAGUAGUUGAAGGACAUGAUGCAGCUAUCAAUGCAUAUAAAAACAUGUUACCGGCCUGUCUGCAAGCAUUGAGAUUUCUAGCCGAGCGGGACUCUGCUAAAUGUGUUAUUGCAAUGGAAUUUCUUGAUGACCUGGCAGAGACUGUUCCUGCAAUUUUGGUACCACAUAUGCAGUUUGUCGUAGAACUAUGCUUGCAGUUUGCUUCAAAUCAACAACUUCAACCCGAAUUGAGGGUUAAGGCAACCUCAAUUAUUGGUUGGCUUGUCCGAAUUAAACGAAAGAGCUUGAUAAAACACCAAUUAAUUGGACCAAUAGUUGAUGUUCUAUUCAAGCUUAUGUCAUCUCCACCUAUUGAUGACUCAGAUGAAGACUACUUUGUGGAUGAUUCAGAUAAUGCAAACCCUUUGACCUGUGCAACUCAGACAAUGGACAGUUUGGCUUUACAUUUGCCUCCUGAAAAACUUCUACCCCAUAUACUUGGUCAUGUUCAACCUGCACUACAAGGGGAUAAUCCAUUUUGCCGAAGAGGAGCUUUCUUAUGCUUAGCGGUCAUUUCUGAAGGGUGCUCUGAAGCCAUUCGUUCUAAGUAUCUUCCCAAUAUGUUGAGAUGCAUUGGCCAAGGAGUCACUGAUACAAACCCGGUUGUUAGAAAUGCUGCUCUAUUUGCUUUGGGGCAAUUUUCUGAAUAUCUUCAGCCUGAUAUAAGCCAAUAUGCAUCUGAUAUUCUACCUGUUCUAUUUGAGUUUCUUUCCCAAUUAUGUGCAACACUGCCAAACAAUUCUGAACCACCAAGUAUUGAUAAAAUGUUUUAUGCCUUGGAAGUAUUUUGUGAACAUUUAGAAGAUAGUUUAAUUCCUUACUUGGACACAUUCAUGGAAAGGCUGUUUUUAGCAUUGGAUUUCAAAAAUUCAGCUCAUUUGAGAGAACUAUCUCUGAGUGCAAUUGCAGCUGCAGCAAAUGCUGCCAAAGGAGCUAUGCUGCCCUACUUCCCUAGGAUUGUUGAAGGUUUGAAGGUGUAUCUUACAAUGAAACCUGAGGAUGAAACUUCUAUAUCUUUACAAGCUCAGGCGAUAGAUACUUUUGGGGCACUAGCAAGAACGAUAGGAAAAGAUAAUUUUAUGCCUUUUGCUUCUGAUUCACUGCAGCAUGGUUUGACAUUAGUUGAGCAAAAUAAUGAUCCAAAUUUACGUAGAAGUGUCUUUGGACUAUUUGCUGCAUUAUCUACAGUUAUGAAUGACCAAAUGGCACCAGCUUUGCCGAAAGUAGUGGAAUUACUCAUUGAAAGCAUCAAAAGUAGUGAGGGAAUUGUGCCGCAUAUUAAGGAUGAGGAAUGCGUUUUGGAUGUGUAUUCCGUUGAGGAAUCGGACAGUGAUGCUGAAGAAGAUAUUGAAAAUUCUGAGGGCGAGGAGGAUGAUGAAGUCCUUGGCUGGAGUGUUGAAAAUGACUACAUUGAUGAAAAAGAACAAGCGUGUCUAGCUCUUAAAGAAAUUGCUGAAUUUACUGGAGAGGCUUUCAAUCCAUAUUUGGAAAGCAGUUUUGAAGAAAUUUUCAAGCUAACCAACUACCCACAGGAAGAUAUUCGUAAAGCUGCCCUUUGUGCUCUAGGUCAAUUUUGUGUUUCAAUCUCUAAAACAUUAACACCAGAGUCUAGAGCUGCGAAAGAGAAAGCUUUAUCAGUUUUGAUACCAAAAUGUUCUGAAAUUAUAAGAACAGAUGAGGAGAAAACAGUUGUUAUGGAAGCAGUAGAAACGUUUGAUCAGAUAUUAGACAAAGUUGAUCCUGAAACCAAAAUUGCAGAUAUUCAUCGAGAUGCAAUAUUUAACUGUAUUUUAGAUAUUUUCACAGGAAAGCUGGUAUGUCAAGAUAUCGAUGAUACUAAUGAUGAUGAUUCAGUUGAAGAUCAAGCUGAACAAGACGAAUUAUUGAUAGAAUAUGCUGGUGAAGUUUUACCCAAAUUAGGAAAAAAUAUGAAACCAGAUGACUUUCUAGUAUUAUUCAAUAGAAUAUUGCCUCAUAUCUUAAACAGAACGAAAAAGUCUUGCAGUCUUUCCCAAAGAUCAUUUGCCAUUGGAAUGAUAAGUGAAUGUAUGGCACCUCUACAACAGUAUGUUGCAAAUGUUGCUCCGCAACUGCUACCUCUAUUGUUGCAAUUCUCUAAAGAUGCUAAAGAAGAUGUCAGAAAUAAUGCUAUAUUUGGUGUAGGUGAAAUGAUGUUGCAUGGGAAAGAUCUUCUAUAUCCUCAUUAUCCUGAGGUUCUUUCAACGCUAAGCUCUGCAGUAUCUCAAGAAACACAUGCUGGAACAUUAGACAAUAUCUGUGGGGCACUUGCAAGAAUGAUAUUCACUAAUAUGAAUGGUGUUCCCCUUGAACAAGUUUUGCCCGUUUUUGUUCAAUAUCUACCAUUGCGUCAUGAUUUUGAAGAAAAUCUGGCUGUUUAUAGAUGCCUUCAAACAUUGUUUACAGCCAAACACCCAAGUGCAAUAGAACAAGUUGGGGCUAUAUUGAAAGCAUCUGCAGAGACUAUAAAAAAGAAGCAGUGGAGUAAUGAUGAAACAAUGGAACUAGUUAUUAAUGUGACAAGGGCUUUGAUACAAGAAUAUCCAGAACAAUAUCAGGCCACUUUACCGUACUUGGGUGAAGACCUAGCUGACAUAAUGAAGCAAUUAUAAAUCCAUAUAACAUACAAUUAGGUGUUAA